AUGGCAUCUUCUACAACAACAACAAUAACAGCAACGACGCCUCUACCAGUAGCAGCCACGAUUCGUAUUAGUAAAGGGAAUCGUGAAACUGAUCCAAGAGAAGAAGAAAAAGAAGGUAUCGUACAAAAUAUAACGAAACAAGCUUAUUGGCAUGUAUCGUCUUGUAAACCAGGUCAUGGUGUUGAUAAAUUAUUGGAUGAGAACCUUGAAACAUACUGGCAGUCGGAUGGCCCACAGCCACAUUUAGUCAAUAUACAAUUUAAGAGAAAAACAAAAAUUAAAGAUAUUUGUCUUUAUUCUGAUUUUAAAAUUGACGAAAGUUAUACACCGAAUCGAAUAUCCAUCCGUACCGGUAUUCAUCAUAAUGAUUUACAAGAACUUCAACUUGUUGAUCUUCAUGAGCCAACUGGAUGGGUAAUUAUUCCAACAAGAGAUACACGUGGAAAUCCUAUUAAAACAUGGAUGAUACAAAUAGCUGUAUUAGCCAAUCAUCAAAGUGGACGCGAUACACAUAUAAGACAAAUAAUUGUACAUAGCCCAACAGAAACAUCAUCGAUAUUUAUUGAUCCAGAAUUUUCUAGCAUUGAAUUAAGUCAACAUGUUAUUUGUAGAUAG